AUGCGCCGAGAGGUGCUGGAGUGCAUCGAGAACGGACGCGCGUCCGUCGUGAGCGGCGCUACCGGCUGCGGCAAGACGACGCAAGUGCCGCAGUACGUCUUUGAAAACGCGGUGCGAGCCGGCCGCGGCGGCGAGUGCUCGGUCAUUAUCACGCAGCCGCGCAGGCUGAGCGCCAUCGCCGUCGCCGAGCGCGUCGCGCAGGAGCGGUGCGAGCGCAUAGGCGACACCGUGGGGUACAGCAUCAGGCUUGAAUCGCGGCAGAGCUCCAACACCAGGCUCCUCUUCUGCACGACGGGGAUCCUCCUCAGGCGGCUUCAGUCGGACCCCGACCUUCGCGGGGUGUCGCACGUCAUCGUCGACGAGGUGCACGAGCGCGAUUUGCUCAGCGAUUUCCUCCUCGUCAUUCUCCGCAGGCUCGCGGCGCGGCGUGAGGACUUCAGGCUCGUCGCCAUGUCCGCCACCGUCAACGCGGAGCUGUUUAAGGGUUACUUUGAGCGGGUGGUGCCCGGGGAGUGCGGCUGCGUCGAGAUCCCCGGCCGAACCUUCCCGGUCGCCGAGUACCGACUGGAGGACGCCAUCGAGGCCACCGGGUACGUGUGCGAGCCCGACAGCGAGUUCGCGCUCGGCGCAGACGGUAAACCUCAGGGCGGCGGGGGCGGCGGUCGCACUUUCAAUCCCCUUUCGGGGGGUGGCGCGAGAAGGAGCAAAGCCAUGGCCGCCACGGUGGACGAGGAGAAGAUAAACAUGGAGCUCAUAGAGAUGCUGGUGCAGCUCAUCGCGGAUGAGUACGAGGAUGGCGCGAUUUUGAUCUUCCUCCCGGGCAUGGCCGAGAUCAGAGGCUUGCACGAGCGUCUCGCGUCUUCGCUGGACGACGUGGAAAAGCGAUUCAUACUGAUUCCACUGCACUCCACCCUGUCCUCCGAGGAGCAGCGCCUGACGUUCAGCAAACCCCUGCCCGGGGUUCGUAAGGUUGUCAUGGCCACGAACAUCGCGGAGACGUCCAUCACCAUCGACGACGUCGUAUUCGUCAUCGACAGCGGCCGCGUGAGGGAGACCCAGUACGACCCAACAUCGCGAAUGUCGUCCCUGGUCACCGCGUGGUGCAGCCGCGCGAGCAGUAGGCAGCGUAGGGGCCGCGCCGGUCGCGUCCGCGAGGGGUACUGCUUCCACCUCUACUCGAGCGCCCGGGAGUCGAAACUCGCCGAUUUCACGACGCCCGAGAUUCUUCGAACCCCGCUGGACGCGCUGUGCCUGCAGAUCAAGAUCCUUCGACUCGGAGACGUCAGGGAGUUUCUGGCGCAGGCCAUCGAGCCCCCGCCCGAGGGUGCCAUCGCGUCCGCGCUCAGAUCACUCGCGGAACUGGACGCCAUCGACGCGAGCGACGAGCUCACGCCGCUGGGCCACCACCUCGCCGAGCUGCCAGUGGACGCGAGGCUGGGCAAGAUGAUGCUCUACGGCGCCAUGUUCUCGUGCCUAGACCCCGUGCUGACCAUCGCCGCGGGCGUCGGGUUCAGGUCGCCCUUCGUCUCCCCGAUGGACAAGCGGGACGAGGCUGACGAGGCGAAGAGGAAGAUCGCGGGUGCCGGCGCCACCUCGGACCACCUGACGCUGGUCAGGGCGUACGCGGGAUGGAUCCGCGCCAAGGCUCGCGGGCGGGGUUUCGAGCGGGACUUUCUCGCAAAGACGUUCCUGUCCGCGCAGACGCUGCGGCAGAUCAGCGAGAUGCGGCAGCAGUACGUGGAGCUCUUGGACCAGAUCGGGUUUCUUCGCUCGGGAACCGGUUUGCUCGGGGGUAAGAAGGACGAGGACGACGGACCCGAGCAAACGCCCCGAGGAGGAAACGCGAGGGGUGUCAAGAGAGGAGGCGGGUUUAAAGCGUCGGCGGAGCGAGCGUUGGCAGCGGCGAGCGUCAACGCCGGAAACGAACCCCUCGUGCGCGCGGUGAUUUGCGCGGGACUCUUUCCCAACGUCGCCGUGGUGGAGAGCGGCGACGGCGACGCGUAUUUGCAUCCCACUUCGGUGGUGUUUGGUUUGUCCAAGUUUGAGCACAGGUUUCUGCUGUUCCACGAGAAGGUCAAGACGGCGAAGGUGUACAUAAGGGACGCCACGAUGAUCGGGCCGUACCCGCUGCUGCUGUUCGGAGGCAAGGUGGCCGUGGACCACGGUCGGUCGCAAGCCACGUGCGACGGAUGGAUCAGGUUCAGGGCCGCGCCGAGGGUGGCUGUGUUGUUCAAAGCCUUGAGGAAGGAGCUCGACGGGCUGCUGAUGCAGAAGAUUGCGACGCCCGAGCUGAACAUGGCGAAAAAAUCGGGCGACUUGGUGAGGACCAUCGUCGAGCUGCUGGACACGGAGUCGGAGGUGGCGGCGGAGGCGAGGAGGGCGAUGAGGGACGCGGAGGCCGCGGCGACGCGCGACGAUAAGGAGGUGUGA